CUGUGAUUGGAAUUUGAAUCGGUGAAUUAGCGUUUUCACCUGUGGGUACGGGUGUGGGUCGGUGAAGCGAUCACAAAAUGGUGCAACUACGUACAGUACGAUCCUGACGAUUCACAGUGGAUUGAAACGGAAAGGGUUCGAUAAUUUGUCGCGUUUUUGCAACUUGUAAACGCGCAUAAAAGGGUCCGCGUGUGUAUUGUAUCAGCAGUAAGCCGUGUAUAACACGUGUGUAUCUAUGUAGGUUUGUAUCGACGUAUACAGUGUUUUAUCCUUGGAAUAUUUAUUAAUUUCGUUGUGUUUACGUUUUGAGUGAGUUCAUUGUGUGUGAUGGCAACUUCGGGAGGGGAUCUUUCCCCAAACGACAGCCCUUUAUUCGCCCGGGAGGGCCACGAUCCGCACUUCCCUCCUAACAUGAGCCCUCCCUUAACACAACAGAUAAAUGCUGGCCACCCUUGUUCCAACUGUAAAGAACACUGCCCCGGAUUUGAACUGCAUUUUUGGAGAAAAAUAUGUAAACAUUGUAAAUGUCCGCCGGAGACUCACGACAUGAGCAGUACCGGGGACCAAGAGAGAAGUCUCCAACGUCUCAUUCAUGACACGAAGCGCAACUCAACGUCCGAUGACGACAGCGGAUGUCCGCUUGAAGAAUACACCUGGGUACCACCUGGACUAAAACCCGAACAGGUCCAUCAGUACUUCACUGCUUUGCCAGAGGACAAGGUUCCGUACCUGAACAGUGUCGGGGAGAAGUAUCGGGUUCGUCAGCUGCUGCAGCAGUUACCUCCCCAUGACAAUGAAGUACGCUACUGUAAUACGCUGUCUGAGGAAGAGAAGAGAGAGCUACGUAUGUUCAGCACCCAGAGGAAAAGAGAGGCCCUGGGGCGGGGCAGUGUGCGGCCCCUACCCCUCACCAUGCAGGGGAGCAUAUGUACCAAGUGCCAAGAGGUAGUGCCAGGAGGCUCUAUAGCAGUUUUUGCGUCGCGGGCCGGACAUGAUCAGUGCUGGCACCCAGCAUGUUUUCUAUGUACUACCUGCGAGGAGUUGCUCGUCGAUCUCAUCUAUUUCUUCAAGGAUGAGGCAUUGUACUGUGGGCGACACCACGCUGAACUCAUCAAGCCACGAUGUGCUGCUUGUGACGAGAUCAUUUUCGCGGACGAGUGUACUGAGGCAGAGGGUCGUAGCUGGCACAUGAAACACUUCUGCUGUUUCGAGUGUGACCGACAGCUGGGCGGCCAGCGUUACAUCAUGAAGGAGGGGCGGCCUUACUGCUGCAUGUGUUUCGAGAGGAUGUUUGCCGAAUAUUGUGACACAUGUGGAGAGCACAUCGGUGUCGACCAAGGACAGAUGACCCAUGAAGGUCAACACUGGCACGCUACGGAAGUGUGUUUUAAAUGUCACACAUGUCAGAAAUCGUUGAUUGGACAGCCAUUUUUACCUAAACAUGGAGUAAUAUACUGUUCUGCUGCAUGUAGUCGGGCAGGGUCAAUGCAGACACAGACCCCACGCCGUCCAGAGGAUUAUGCGGCAGACAUUGAUGGCAUGAGACUAGGCUCCCCUGUCAGUCACGCCCUGCAGGAGAACAGUGUUAUGGGGAUACAGGAAGCUCUUCGCCAACAGUAUUCUCUAUCGGAUAAUAGUCAGCCUUCGUCAGAUCGUGAUCAAGGAUACGCCACCAGUAGCAAUAGUGAGGUUUACGCACCAGGAAUGUACGAACCACCUCAGUCCCAGCUGUCUCAUGUUCGAGAGUCACAGUGUAGUUACGAACUCAAUCUGGAUGGUCUGAGAGAAACAUUGCCCCCAGUGUAUGAAGGUGUACGGAGAAAGAAACGUUUAUCGCAAUUUUCCAUGCCUGAUCUCUCAAAGGAGCCAAGCUCUCCUCUGUUGAACGAGCGACAUAGCAACAGUAGUUCACGUAAUCGAAGUCGGUCUGGUUCUCAGUCAAACCUCAAUCUUGGUGGCUUCCACAACUAUGAGGAAAUUGGGCCAGCAUUGUUUCAGUCUGAUUAUCUGCCCAAUCAAGCACCACCUCAUUUAUUUGGAAACAGACCUGACAGGUCACUGAGUUCAUCCCACGCUGGUAAUGUACAGAGUUACCCCGAGUUACGUAACAUACGCUGUGUGAACCAAUCUCCUCAAAACGAAGGUAGGAAUCCCCCUCAACUACCCGACGGUGAGAAAAUGAACCCGAUACGACGUCCUCCUACAGGUCGUCCCCCUCAGCCGUCACAGGCAUCACGGUACCCGCGUAGUCGGAGCUUCGAGGGUCGGCCUUCAGACAGGCAUCAUUAUCGGGACUAUCAUAGGGAUCAUAGAGAACACAGAGGCCAUCACCAUGAAAACAGAGGUCACCAUCAUCAUGGACACAGAGGACAUGCAAAUGACUUUCAAAGUCAUCUGAACGAACUUAGAGGUAAUCCGAGUGAGUUACCAUCCACGAGUCAGGAGCCUGUGAAUCAAACAGGUUCUCGCCGUGUGGAGUUUCUGGACGAUUAUGAGGAUGACCAGUGUAGCACAUGCUCCAGUUCUACAGAUUCAGAUGAUUUUUAUUACUACUAUGAUAAUCCACGUAGCUUCACCAACAAAAUCUCCUAUGUGGACGAUAUGGGUGUCGGCCUAGGGCAGAGUAACGCCAUGAGAUCGCGGACAUCUGGCCGGCACCGCAGUAAAAACAAGCAGUGUGUCAUCUCCUGAACCAAGGAAGAGUGAUUGUCAACAUCACUCGGAGGUUAUUUGUGUAGAUGGAAGGACAUCUGGAGGAUUUUUGUGUGAUCUUGUUCAAGGGAGAUAAUCGGUUUUACUCAACACUUUAAAAAAACAUGUUACAUGACUCGAAUGUUAUACACUGCUAACCAAACUGUCAAAAUAUACCAGUAUAAAACUAAAUGUGUUCAUAACCUUCGUAUACACUUAAGUUAUGUUGAAAUAUAUAAUUAAUCUGAUGUAUGUUUUACACUAUAUUCAGAUGCAUUCUGUGUGUUCCAUUAUAUUGGGGUUUAGAAACCUAGAUAUGUGACGGUUUCAGAAUAUCAUAACUGCUGUUGGAUAUGUGAGUAAGAAGUGACUCACUUAUUACUAGAUGAGCUGUCUUUCAGUUUAUAAACACUGGUGUUUUCAUUUACUUAAAUAAUCAAAAUUGUAAUCAUUAAAUUUAUUAAGGCUUUAUUUGAAGCAUAUAGAAGUAAAAGAAUAAAAUCAUAUAAUUUUGUUUCAGCUCAUUAACAAAUGAAAUUUUUUGACCUAUUGGUGCUAAACUUAAAAUGGUCGCUUUAUGUAAAAAAAUAAUUUAGUAAUGCUUUGAUUACUGUUUCCAGUCGAUGCUAUUUCGUUGUUGAAUCAAAUUGGAAAAUUUCAAAAAAUGUCAAUAUUGUUGAUUUUCUUCAUUAAUAUACCUAGAUAUGCAAAUCAAUUUUACAACAUCAGGAACUGCCGAAAUAAAACACACAUGUAUUUCAAGUUUUACCUAAAUGUAAGGAUUCCUGUAUAUUCAAUAACAUCAUUUUGUGUAAACUCUCAUCCAUGUUGGUUGUCAUGACAACCACUUAUAUCAUAGAUAUUCUAUGUGAACGUAACUAUUAUACUGUUAUAAAAUAUAUACAGGUGUCUCAGCUAAAAUAUAAGCACUGAGGUAAUUUUUUUCAAAAUUCAAAUAUCGAUUUAGUUUGCAAAUUGUUUUAUCAAAGUUGUUUUUA